GUCCAGCAGGGCACAAUGAGCUCGGGGGACGUAGUGUGCACCGGCUGGCUCAUUAAAUCCCCCCCAGAGAAGAAGCUGAAGAGAUACGUCUUUCUUCGGUACCUGAAGGAAACUCACAAAGACACAAGGAGAACAUACAGGCUCCUUUCAGACAAUGCCAGUGUUGGAGGCAAAUUGAGGACCCCUGCACUGCAAUGCCUGCUAUCCUUCAAGUCACCAAGUGAAAACUUCAUGAACACUGCAGGGAACACGUCCAAUAGCUAUAUGGCGCAGACGCUGGUUUGUAUUACGAAGAGGAAGGAUGAGUGGAAACCUGGACGUUCUAGAAUACUACAGGAACAAAAACUCCAAGAAACCCAUCAGGGUUAUUGACUUAAAUGACUGCGAGGUGCAAAAAUACAUUGGAGUCAACUUAAUAAAGAAGGAAUUUGAACACAGUUUUGUCUUCAUUGUGAAAACAAUCCAACGCACAUUUUACCUUGUGGCGAGAACAGAAGAGGAAAUGCAGAGCUGGGUGAAUAACAUCACCCAGAUAUGUAAUUUUGGACAGUUAGAAGAUGGAACAGAUUCUGCCGAGAGUCUUUCUCAAACUAACUCCUCCGUCCAGGCGUCCCCAGCAGUCUCCACUCACACAUCAAGAAUCACAGACCCUUCUUUCUCCAUGGACAGUGCUUCUACAGACAUCACAUCGGAGGAAAACAGGAGUGAAUCAGAAUCCAUUUUCAUCCCAGACUAUUUGUUUUUAGCAGACUGUGAGAGUGGCAAACUAAAUAGUGCCAGAUGUGAUGCUUGGUCAAAUUCUGAUAAAUCAUUGGAGCAGAUGUCCACAGAUGAUAUCUUCCUUGACUCGGUGCAGUCUCAACAUUCGCUUAACCAGACACUUUUUGGUGUUUACUUUAACCAUAAUAAUAUGCCAUUAGCAAACUUUAUUACGGCAAAAGAUCUGGAUUCAAAUGGAUCAUCUAGUGACUUCUCCUCAUCCUCCCCAUUGCUGGGGCCAUCAAUACCACAGACAAUUUCAGUGGAUUAUUCUGUUAUCUGUGACGGGGAGAUUAUGCCAAUUACUCCACCUCCAAGACCCCCUAAACCAAACCAUUUUUCAGAAGGCAGGCCAGAGGUGAUAUCCAUUGGCAAUCUCCAGAAUGGACAUUUCUUCCCUGGAAUGGUACCAAGAAGAAUUUCUCUGUCCAGUUUGGACAAUGUGAGGAACUGGAGAGGCGACCUGGAAGACUGGUCAUUAAGAACAAGAGACAAGAGGCUCAGUUUAAAUCUGCCCAGGGUUUCUGCUCUUUAUUCAUUAACGUCUGAAAGCUCAGAAGACAGUUAUGUCCCAAUGAAUCAAAAUAUUUCUCCACCUGCUUCUGAGUCAGACUGCAGUCCAGAUGGGUAUAUACCUAUGAGCCCAGUAUCGGCAGCCUUUCUGUUCCAGUCUCCUGUGAAUUCAAAGGUCUCUAGUCCGUUGCCCGAACUCCCAACAGACUUGGAACCACCUCCAGUGAACCGGUAUCUCAAGCCUCGUAGAAAGAUGCGCCCACCUCCUUUGGAUUUGAGGAACCUUUCCACUAUUAGGGAGCACUCUCCUCUUACAAGAAUGUGGACAGUGCCUUACAAUCGAACCAGCUUUAUCUCUCCAGAAAGUGAGUGUAUUAACUCAGCUGGAAUCUUUGCCGGCCCUGGUUUAGGAGAAGAUGUCACCUACAUCCAAAUGGAACAUAGACAAGGGACGUCCCCUGUCAACGGAAGUUUUCCAUGGCCACGGAAAUUUAAUCUGGACUAUUUGGCUUUGGACUUUAAUUCUGCAUCCCCCUCCCCUGUGCAGAAGCAACCAUUUCUGUCGGAGGAGCAGCGAGUAGAUUACGUACAGGUAGAUGAAAAAAAAACCCAGGCUUUGCAGAACACUAAACAGGAAUGGACCGAUGAGAGACAAUCUAAGGUUUAAAGUAGUAUUGGUCUCUUUUUGGAUUUUUUUGCACUAUUGGAAAAGCAGCUAAACAAACAGACUACACCAGUUUUCUCAUGUCAAAGAGGAACAGAAAAGGGAAAAAGUUUUUCCUUUGUAAAAAUGCUCUGAUUUGGUAUAUUGAUUUUUGAUGACAAAUUAACCACACAAAGGGGCAAAUUUACUAAAUGAUAAAUUAUUGCCAGCGAUCGCUUCAUCACACUCCAUGCCACUUCGCCAGGUGCAAAUUCAUUACCACUACACUAAUUCACUAAAAUGCGAAGAUGACGGUCUCAUUCGCUAGCGAAUUGUCCUCUACGCCUGUUAGUGAAUUGCCAAUGUCCCUGCAGAUGGGAUUUCUGGUGAAUUGUUGCAGGCGUCUGCCACUUCACACUUUAAUAAAUUUGCCCCUAGGAGUCUGUAUAUACUGACUGGGAAAUGUAUUAUCCACUUUUCUGUUAGGAUGGUUUAAGUAGUGUCACAUAAUAGAUUUGGCAAUUGAAGGGUUUGGGAUGGUAUAGAUUUCCCUGUAUUAAUGGUUUCAUUAUUCUGACUUGACUUGUUUUUUGUGAUAUGUCAUAAAAGGUCAACAAACUGGUGGGCAAUGUAGGGGGGAAAUCAAAUGACUUGGUCCUUGAAUUUUCGCCCCCACUAAAGCACUGUGCUGGGUAGAUUAGGCAAAAGGACUGGCAAUAAAUUCUGCUUUUGUAAAUGGCAAAUCUAAUCCACCUGUAACAUUCAACACUAUAGUUAAACAUAAAUGCAGAGAAAAAAGUGUGUUUGUCUUGUCCAGGCAUAUAGAAAUACUUGUAAUGGCAAACUAAGGGCAAUGUGAAAUAUACAGCCCAAUAUGUGGCUGUACUUAAGGGCUAAUACAGGCCGAAACGUGAUGGGCAUAAGGUCAUCAUUAAAAUAAGGUUCUGCAGAUAUACUUUUACUACUUGAUUUAUGGGCAUCCUAUAGACUUUAAAUGGUAACUAAAGUCAAUCUAUAAAAAAUAUGUUUAAUAAUCACAGCUGUAUGUCUGAAUGGUCCUAGACCUUUACUGUGAUAUAGCUAUAAAGUAAGCCAUGUGCAUUAAUUCAAACCUAAUUCUUGUCUCAUUGGCACGCAAAGUCUUACCUCAUAUACAUUUAGCUAUGAUAAACCCCUCAAACCUUUACAUUUAUGGCAAUUUUAUAUAGAGCAAUUUGCAGUAGGUUUACUGUCCCUUUAAGCCAUAUUGUACAAAUUUCAGGAGCACUAAUGGUUCUAUACUGGUGAGACUGUUUCUAAUUGAUUUCUUCAGUUUCUAUGCAUAAAUAGUUUGUAAUCCUUUAUUUGGUUUAAAUUUUUAAUGUUUAAAAUUUGCUUAUUAUUUUAGUAAUUCAAGAAAAACAAGUAGAAAUAUUACAAAUUUUUUUCCAUACUGAACCUCAAUAACCUGAAAAGUUCCAUAUAUUAAACACUCUCUUUCCCAGGCUAGGCCCUGGACUGACAAUCUGUGGAUUUUGGCAAAUGGCAGAUGCUGUAAGAUGCCAAAGACAGUCAAUUAUUUUUGAGCCUUCAACAUAUAAACUAAAAUGUGCUUGAGCCAUUCUCGUUUGGAAAAGUGCCUAAAUGUUAUUGCCCAGACCGCAAACAACUGAGAAUUCAGGACCAAAACUUUAUUCCAUGAGUUUUAAGCUCAGAUUUAUUAGUUGAUGGACAACAAAUACUGUAUAUUUGCUGCAGAUGAACUCGUGUACCUUGUCUACAAAUAUAUACAUUUGCAUAAUGAACGUUUUAAUUGAUGUGGAUUUUGGAAAUGUAUUAUCCAUAUAUAGUAAAUAAAGGAUCUCCAAAUCAUGACA